AUGAGCAUUGAAGAGCAGAUUUUCAUUCCAGCAAGAGAUCACCUACGAGUUAAGCAAGAUGAGAGAGAAACAGUGAUCAGAUCAUGUCGAGAAAUCACAAGCUAUUCGAAGAAGGCAAUUUUCACGCUACAUCGAUCCGUGCUGGAUGAUACUGUAACGAAAGAACUAACGCAAUAUUUAACGGUGAUUAGUGAACAUCUACGCAAAGUGAACUGCAUAUAUGUCAACAACUAUCACUUGCGAGGCUCAAUACUGGGUGCAGUUGAAGAAUUGAUUGAAUUUUUCACAUUUGCAUAUUAUAAAAGAACUGGUGGAUUGAUUAAAUAUGAAUUGUUUACACAAUUGAUCAAUCUUGUUGCAGAUGGGGAUAUAGAUACGGUGGUGAGAUACUUGUUGAACCCGGAAAUAGAAAUACCACAAAAUGACUGCCUUUUAAUUGAGUUUAUUGACAAAUCUGACUACAUCAUGGGAUUGUUUGAUUGUACCGGUGAGAUAAUGAGAAUGGUGAUUCUGCAGUCAUCAGACACCUCAGGCGAAUUCCAAAUGACAAAGACGUUACAAAACUACAAUUUUUUAAAAGAUUUACAUGAACAAUACAUCAUCUUGACAACAUAUUAUCCUGGUGUAUCUAUACAUCAUGGCGCCUUUGAUGAUGUUAUGAACCUGAAGGGCAACAUUUCAUUCAAGAAAAAGUUACAAGUUCUUGAAUCAUCACUUAGCAAAAUACAAAACACGCUACUCGAUAUUCUCAUCAGUGAUAAAGAGAUUCUAUAA